CCCUCUCUCUAAAAAGAUAAACGAUUUCCAGAAAGAGAAGCGGAAGCUGAAAUGGUGUCGACGAGGCGAAGUGGAUCUCUGCCGUCGAAUAAUAGUAAGAGAUCAUCUUCGCCGUCCGAUGAUAAUCACAAUAAACCUUCUUCCCCCAAGCGUCCAAAGGGCGCGAGUAAUAGCAAUAAUCCGAAGGCGUCGGAGUCCUCGCCGGCGGAGAACCCAAAGGAAAUAAGCUCGGCUGAUCCGCCGGAGCUCCCCGCCACCACCGCCGCCGACACAGCUCCUGAUGCCGCCGCCUCAGUUUCUGUUGCCACACCUGUGGUUCCCGAAGGUGCUGCAGCUACUGCAUUGGAGAAGCCGAGGAGUUCGUUGCCAUCGCGGAAGCAACAUCAAAGUUAUGAAACAACCUCACCUUGGUGUAAACUUCUUACGGAAUCUCCGCAGAAUCCUACUGUUUCUGUGUAUACAACCAAUUUCUUGGUAGGCUCAAGCAAACAAGCUAAUCUUUUGAUUCGAGAUCAGACUAUCAGUGCGAUUUUAUGCUCCAUACGUCUUGACCAGCGUGAUGAUAAACCUGUUGCGGUGCUUGAAAGUCGUGGAAGCAAAGGAUGUGUGCUAGUGAAUGGAAAAACAAUCAAGAAAAACACAAGUUGUGAUCUCAGUUCAGGGGAUGAAGUGGUGUUUGGCUUUCUGGGAAGUCAUGCUUAUAUUUUCCAACAGCUACCGUAUGAUAGUGUAAUCAAGACCCUUCCUCCAGAUGUUCAGACUAAUAUAGGGAAGUUCAUUCCUGUUGAAAAACGAGGAGAUGCAUCAGCUGUAGCAGGUGCUUCAAUUUUGGCAUCACUCUCUAUGUGCCCUGAUUUAUCAUGUGUAAAGCCCACUUCGCAGGCCAGUGGUAAAAAUUUACGAGGAAGUGAUCUACCACCUUCCUCGCCCAUUCUUAAUGAGGAUGAUCUUGAUGGCCACGAAGUUAAUUCAGCUACCGAUUUAGGAAAUAAGGUAGCUGGUGAUGAUGGGGCUGUAAGCAAGAAUCUCCCUCUUGAUGGCAAUGUGGAAUCUGGAUUGGAGGAAGACAGAGACUGGGUUAGGGAUCCAGCACCAGCAUCUCAAUCAGUAAUGUGUUCACGGAGUUCAGCAUUUAGAGAUGACUUAAUUGCUGCAAUUUUGGAUGGGCGAAACCUAGAUGUUUCAUUUGAUAACUUUCCAUACUAUUUGAGUGAGAGCACAAAAAGUGUGCUUAUUGCAGCUUCUUAUAUACAACUAAAACACAAGGAUCAAGUUAAAUUAACAUCUGAGCUUCCUACUCUGAAUCCUAGAAUCUUGCUUUCUGGUCCAGCAGGGUCUGAUAUUUAUCAGGAGAUGUUGGCAAAGGCACUGGCUCAUUACUUUGGGGCUAAAUUGCUCAUAUUUGACAGCCAUUCAUUCUUGAAAGGUUCUUCAAAGGACGUUGAGCUUCCCAAAGUGGGAAAUAAUGCAGAGAAAGUGAGUAAUACCAGCAAACAAGUUCCUGUAUCCUCAGAGCUUGUUAAGGACAAUGAACUUUCACCUGUUGAAGCAGAUACCAAAAAUUUGCUGAGUACUCCUCAGCCUUGCUUGGAGUUGCCUACAGAAAUGGAAACUGAUAAUGUUCCAUCUUCAGCAAACACGACAAAGAAUGUUUCUAUCAAAUUUGGUGAUCGGGUUAAGUUUAUUGGCCCAGCUUCUGCUGGUUUAUAUUCUAGUUCUGCCAGCUUGGUUUUUAGAGGUCCUACUCCUGGAAUGCGAGGCAAGGUUCUCUUGCCAUUUGAAGAUAAUCCCCUGUCAAAAAUUGGUGUGAGAUUCGACAAGCUUAUGCAAGAUGGAGUUGAUUUUGGAGGUCUCUGUGACAAGGGUCAGGGAUUCUUCUGCAAUGCCAAUGAGCUUCGGUUGGAUACCUCUGGUGUGGAGGAUUUGGACAAAUUGCUCAUAGACACUAUGUUUGAGACGGUGUUUGUAGUAAGCAGAUAUUCGCCCUUUAUUUUAUUUAUGAAAGAUGCUGAGAAGUCAAUGGCAGGAAAUUCAGAAUCAUAUAGUACAUAUAAGAAUAAGCUGGAAAAGCUUCCUAAUAAUAUUGUAAUAAUUGGCUCACAGACUCAGACAGAUAAUCGUAAAGAAAAGUCUCAUCCUGGUGGUUUGCUUUUCACAAAAUUUGGCAGCAACCAGACUGCUUUGCUUGACUUGGCUUUUCCUGAUAGUUUUGGGAGGUUGCAUGAUAGAACAAAGGAUGUUACAAAGGCCACUAAGCUUCUAUCCAAACUUUUUCCUAAUAAAGUUACAAUUCACCUGCCCCAGGAUGAAGCACUCCUGGUUAGCUGGAAGCAGCAAUUGGAACGGGACGCUGAAACCCUAAAAUUGAUCGCAAAUCUGAAUAACUUACGAACUGUCCUCAAUCGUAGUGGCCUGGAGUGUAAUGAGCUUGAAUCCUUGAACAUUAAAGACCAAACACUCACAAUUGAGAGUGCCGAAAAGGUGAUUGGUUGGGCUUUAAGUCACCAUAUGAUGACGAAUCCUGAAGCUGAAACAGAUUUCAAAGAUGCCAGGGUUACUUUGGCUAUAGAGAGCAUCCAGUAUGGGAUCGGAAUUCUACAUGCAAUCCAGAAUGAUUCCAAGAGUUCAAAGAAAUCCCUGAAGGAUGUUGUGACUGAGAAUGAAUUUGAGAAGAGACUUCUAGCUGAUGUAAUCCCUCCCAGCGAUAUUGGUGUGACGUUUGAUGAUAUAGGAGCACUAGAAAAUGUCAAAGAUACAUUGAAAGAGUUGGUGAUGCUUCCUUUACAGCGGCCUGAACUUUUUUGCAAGGGCCAACUGACAAAGCCCUGCAAGGGUAUACUUUUAUUCGGUCCCCCUGGAACAGGAAAGACAAUGCUUGCAAAGGCUGUUGCAACUGAAGCUGGCGCAAACUUCAUUAACAUAUCAAUGUCAAGCAUAACAUCUAAGUGGUUCGGUGAGGGCGAGAAGUAUGUCAAGGCUGUCUUUUCGCUGGCUAGUAAAAUUGCUCCUAGUGUUAUAUUUGUUGAUGAAGUUGACAGCAUGCUGGGAAGAAGAGAAAAUCCUGGAGAGCAUGAGGCUAUGCGCAAAAUGAAAAAUGAAUUCAUGGUGAACUGGGAUGGGUUGCGAACAAAAGACACAGAACGUGUUUUGGUACUUGCUGCCACAAACAGGCCCUUUGACCUUGAUGAGGCUGUGAUUAGGCGACUGCUGCGCAGAUUGAUGGUGAACUUGCCAGAUGCUGCCAACAGAGCAAAGAUACUAAGAGUGAUACUAGCUAAAGAAGACUUGUCUCCAGAUGUGGAUCUCGCUUCUGUUGCAAGUAUGACCGAUGGUUAUUCAGGAAGUGAUCUUAAGAAUUUGUGUGUAACGGCUGCACAUCGCCCAAUUAGAGAGAUUUUGGAAAAGGAGAAAAAGGAUCAAGAAGCUGCUCUUGCUGAAGGUAGGCCUCCACCAGCAUUGAGUGGGAGCACUGAUAUUCGUUCGCUAAAUUCAGAAGACUUCAAAUUCGCUCAUGAGCGGGUUUGUGCAAGUGUCUCAUCAGAGUCAAUAAACAUGACCGAGCUUCUUCAGUGGAACGAGCUUUAUGGUGAAGGGGGGUCCAGAAGGAAAAAACCCCUGAGCUACUUCAUGUGAUGGCAGACAUUUGUAGAAACCCUUCUCUCUUCUCCGACAGUUCGUUCUCUCAACCGAGCUCUUUUUUAUGUUGAAUGUGGUGUGGAAUCAAGCCACACCAAUUGUAUAAUGGGAGUAUAGAUUUUGAAGUUUUACAAUAGUUUUUGUUGAGAUGGUGAAAGGUUAGAAUAGCCUCGUAAUAAGUUAAAAUGAAUGGCUUGUUUUGUCUCCCCCAUCUCGGCUGGAAACGACGACGAUGUUGUUAUCCCUCAUUACUUUUAUAGGGUUUGAGAAGAAUUAGUCGAUCCUGUGCGUAUAGUUGUUUCCAUUCUUCAUUGUGUUGUUGCUAUAACUAACAAUAAGAAAUUAUAGUUGGUUUUGUUUUCCUUGUUA